AUGGGAGAGGAGGAGCACUCAGUAGAACAGAACCCCCAGGAGACGAUGUUGGAUAACAUUGAGGCUUUGCUUGAGGCUGCUAGAUAUGAUGAUAUUGAUGAUGUCAUAACCAUAGAAUCUGCUGGGGUGUCUCUAGAUUCUAAGGAUUCACAAGGACGCACAGCAUUGCAUAUGGCCGCAGCCAAUGGACAUCUUGACAUUAUAGACUAUCUUCUCCGCAAUGGGGCGAAUGUUAAUGCUUCUAAUGUGGAGAACAAUACGCCUCUUCACUGGGCUUGUCUCAAUGGUCACACCGAGGCUGUCAAACAUCUGAUUCUCGCCGGAGCCAACAUCUCAGCAUUAAAUAGCCAUGAGAGGACUCCCAUGGACGAGGCGGUGAGUAGAGGAAAGAUGGAUAUAAUCGAUGCUGUGAACGAAGCAGCGGCUCAGAUUUUGCUCCAUUUACCGAGUAAAAAAAGGAAGAACGCACCACGAAAGGCGGCUACUCCUAAGAUGUUGGAAUUCAUGAGGGAACUCAGAAAGGUUAUCACAAUUGGUGUUGUUGGAGGUUCUGACCUUGUUAAGAUAUCAGAGCAGCUUGGAACAUCAGUCAUUAAUGAUUAUGACUAUGUGUUCGCUGAGAAUGGCCUUGUGGCUUACAAAGAUGGCAGUAUAAUUGGAACACAGAGCUUAAAAUCAUUUCUUGGGGAAGAAAAGCUCAAGGAACUCAUUAAUUUUACGCUCCACUACAUUGCUGACUUGGAUAUCCCAAUUAAAAGGGGAACAUUUAUUGAAUUUCGAAGUGGGAUGCUCAAUGUAUCACCAAUUGGAAGAAACUGCAGUCAGGAAGAGCGAGAUGAAUUUGAGAAGUAUGACAAGGUUCACAAUAUACGCCCAAAAAUGGUGUCAAUGCUCCGUGAAAAGUUUGCACACUUUAACCUAACUUUUUCCAUUGGAGGUCAAAUCAGUUUUGAUGUUUUCCCUCAAGGCUGGGAUAAAACAUAUUGCUUGAGAUACCUUGGUGAUUUUCGGGAAAUCCACUUCUUUGGAGACAAGACAUACAAGGGAGGAAAUGACUUUGAGAUAUACGAUUCUGAGAGAACCGUGGGUCACACAGUUACUAGCCCUGAGGAUACGGUCAACCAGUGUUCUACUCUCUUCCUUAGCAAGCCAGAUGGACAAGCCUGA